AUGGCUUCCGACGGUCCCGUCGCAACGAGCAGCAGCGGCGUGACGCCUGCUGACGUGGACAAGGCAGCUGACGAGAUUCUCGUGUACUGGUUCGGCGACUUCAUGGCGCCUGAUUAUGCUGGCCCAGCACCAGAGGACGAUGUCGUGGCAGCCAAGCAAUCUCUUUGGUUCCGCAAAGAUGCUGACGUGGACGCUUUUAUCCGCGCUAGAUUCGCUCCCCUCAUCCCACUCGCUGCGUCAGGCCAGCUGGCGGGCUGGGAAGACACGCCACGUGGCGCGUUGGCAUUGGUCGUGCUGCUGGACCAGUUUACGAGGAACAGCCUCAGGGGAUCGCCUGACUCCUUUGCUCAGGACGCGUUGGCCCGUGAAGUCGCAAAAAGGGCCAUAGCCAAGGGAUUCAACAAGCAAUUUCACCUUCGUAUUCGGUCCUUUUUCUACCUGCCAUUUAUGCAUUCAGAAGACCUCCCAGACCAAGACCUGUGUGUGCAGCUGCUGUCAGAGUCGGUAGCAGAGGCACCAGAAGGCCCGCUCAAGGACUCUCUGUCCGGGUGGGUGGGCUUCGCUCACAAGCACCGUGACAUCAUUGUCAAGUUUGGCCGGUUUCCCACCGCAAUGAGGUGCUGGGGAGGGAGAGCACAGCGGAAGAGGUGGAGCACGUGGCAACACAUGGAGGGUUCUAGGACAGGGGUUGCUGUUGGACUUAUUCGGACGACUGAAUUAUUGGCGUGCGCUGUUGUUCAACCUCUGAGCGACCAAUUCAAAACCACAGCUGACUUGCAAUCGGAAAAAGCCGGUUCUGCAACUGAAGUGACAAAGAUGGCUACUUUCCCUGAUGUGGUGGUGGUGGGAGGCGGCCUCGCGGGCCUGUCUGCUGCCGUGGAAGUCGUCAAGCGAGGCGGAUCCGUCCUCGUCCUCGAAAAGAGCGAGCGGCUCGGCGGUAACUCUGGCAAGGCGAGCUCUGGAAUGAACGCUGCUCGCAGCGGGCCCCAGCUGGCCAGUGGCAUCGAGGACAAGCUGGAGGAUUUCGCUAAGGACACCGAGAAGUCCGGCAAGGGCCUGUCGGACAUGGCGCUGGUGGACGUGAUUGUGAAGCAGAGCGCGGACGCCGUCGCGUUCCUCGAAGGCUUCCAGAUCGACCUCUCCAGCAUCGCGCAGCUCGGCGGCCACUCGCAUCCGCGCACGCACAGGUCCAAGCCCGACGGCAAGCCCAUGAACAUUGGCUUCCGCAUCAUGUCCGUGCUCAUCAAAUACGUCGAGGCUCUCCCUGCUGACAAGGCCAAGGUGGUGAAGCAGGCCCGUGUGACCGCGCUUCUCACAGACGACAGCGGCGCCGUCACCGGCGUCAAGUACGAGACCCCCGCGGCUGACGGAUCUGGCGGCAAGGAGGAGACGGAGGUGAAGGCGUCCGCAGUCAUCCUCGCCACAGGCGGCUAUUCCGCCGACAAGGCCGAGGGAGGUCUGCUGGACCAGCACACUCCUAAGCUGCGAAACCUGGCGACCACCAACGGGCCGUUCGCGACGGGCGACGGCGUGCGACUGGGCGUGGCGGCGGGCGCGGGGCUGAUCCACAUGGAUCAGGUGCAGCUGCACCCGACGGGGUACGUGGAUCCCAAGGACCCGCGCAACCCCGUCAAGUUCCUCGCGCCCGAGGCCCUGCGCGGAUGCGGCGGUAUUCUUUUGAAUGAGAAGGGCGACCGCUUCGUCAACGAGCUGACUACGAGAGACGCGGUGGUGGAGGCGAUUCUGAAGCACUGCGGCCCACUCCCGGAGGUGCCAGACGCGCCAGCAGGGGGCGCGGACAUGCCCGCUGUGUCGUACCUGAUUCUGAACCAGGAGGCCAUCAACAAGUUCGACCCGCUCUCCUGCCAGUUCUACAUCGGCAAGGGGCUUAUCCGCAAGUUUGACAGCGUGGAGGCACUGAGCGAGGGCACCAAGCUGCCAGCAGCCAACGUGAAGGCUGCUCUGGACGCGUAUGGCCACCAUGACGCAGAGAAGGGCGACCCCUUCGGCAAGACCGUCUUCCCUAUGCUCUUCAACUCCUCGGAGCCCCCGCUGUACGUGGCCAUCAUCACGCCGUCGCUGCACUACUGCAUGGGAGGGCUCAAGUUUGACACCAGCAGCCGCAUCCUCAAGGAGGAUGGCUCGCCCAUUCCUGGCCUCUUUGGAGCUGGCGAAGUGACAGGUGGGCUGCAUGGCGCAAACCGUCUGGGUGGUAACUCCCUGCUUGAGUGUGUGGUGUAUGGCCGUGUGGCUGGCAUCAGUGCCUUUGACCGCAUUGGUAAAUCUGCUGUUUAG